GGGUUUAGUUUGCUAGGGCAAAACCAAUCUCUUCUCUAGAGUGCCCAUCUCUACUGACUUCAAACUCUAUUCUUCCAUCUCAGUCGACCGCGCUGAGAGACUGAGAAGAGAAGUCGCGAAUACGAUUGAAAGCGAAUAUAAAUGGCGUUGGCGUUCGAUGAGUAUGGCAGGCCGUUUAUAAUCAUAAAGGAGCAGGAGCAGAAGACGAGGCUCAGAGGCAUCGAUGCCCAGAAAUCUAACAUUUCCGCCGGCAAGGCUGUUGCUCGCAUCCUCCGCACUUCCCUCGGCCCCAAAGGCAUGGACAAGAUGCUUCAGAGCCCUGACGGAGACGUGACCAUCACAAAUGAUGGUGCAACCAUCUUGGAGCAGAUGGAUGUGGACAAUCAAAUUGCAAAGCUGAUGGUGGAGUUGUCACGAAGUCAGGAUUAUGAAAUUGGUGACGGAACUACUGGAGUAGUUGUCCUGGCUGGGGCACUUCUAGAACAAGCUGAAAAGUUGCUAGAACGUGGAAUUCAUCCUAUCCGAGUUGCUGAAGGAUACGAAAUGGCAUGCAGGAUUGCUGUUGGACAUCUGGAGCGCAUUGCACACAAGUUUGAAUUCAGUCUGAAUGACAUUGAGCCUUUGGUACAAACUUGCAUGACUACCCUGUCAUCAAAGAUUGUGAAUAGAUGUAAGCGUAGCUUGGCUGAAAUUGCUGUCAAAGCAGUUCUGGCUGUUGCAGAUUUAGAGAGGAAGGAUGUCAACCUGGACCUAAUCAAAGUGGAGGGGAAAGUCGGAGGAAAGCUUGAGGAUACAGAGCUGAUAUAUGGCAUUGUUGUUGACAAAGACAUGAGUCACCCACAAAUGCCUAAGCAGAUUGAGGAUGCAAAUAUUGCCAUCUUAACUUGCCCAUUCGAACCCCCUAAACCCAAGACCAAACAUAAGGUUGACAUUGAUACUGUUGAGAAGUUCCAGACUUUACGCCUGCAGGAAAAGAAGUAUUUUGAUGACAUGGUUCAGCAAUGCAAGGAUGUUGGUGCCACCUUGGUUAUUUGCCAAUGGGGAUUCGAUGAUGAAGCAAACCACCUGCUAAUGCACAGAAACUUACCUGCUGUUAGAUGGGUUGGUGGUGUGGAGCUGGAGUUGAUCGCAAUAGCCACAGGUGGGCGAAUUGUACCAAGAUUUCAAGAGUUGACCCCAGAUAAACUUGGCAAGGCUGGACUGGUCCGAGAGAGAGCUUUUGGUACAACAAAGGAUAGAAUGAUUUAUAUUGAACACUGUGCAAAUUCACGAGCUGUGACUAUUUUCAUUCGUGGUGGUAACAAAAUGAUAAUAGAGGAGACAAAGCGCAGCGUUCAUGACGCUUUGUGUGUUGCCAGAAAUCUUAUUCGUAACAACUCAAUAGUAUAUGGCGGCGGCUCAGCUGAGAUCUCUACAUCAAUUGCUGUGGGAGCAGCUGCUGAUAAAUACCCAGGAGUUGAGCAGUACGCAAUCAGGGGAUUUGCAAGUGCUUUAAAUGCUGUCCCCAUGGCCCUUGCUGAGAAUAGCGGUCUUCAACCCAUUGAAACACUAUCUGCGGUUAAAGCACAACAAAUCCAGGAAAACAAUCCUUGCUGCGGGAUUGAUUGUAAUGAUGUAGGCACAACUGACAUGCGUGCUCAAAAUGUGUUCGAGACUUUGAUUGGGAAGCAACAACAGGUUAUGCUUGCAACUCAAGUUGUUAAGAUGAUUCUAAAGAUUGAUGACGUCAUCACUCCUGCAGAGUACUAGUCAUUAUUAGGUAGUUGAAGAAGCAUUUUGGAUGAAGUUAGAUAAUGUUAACGCUUCUACCUACAUCUAGCUAUGCUUUGUACUUCAAUGAAUUUUUGUUGGUUUGGUGCGUUGACAUUCUUAACUAAGCUGGUUGUUUUUCUCGUCUGGGAUAAAGAUGAUCGUAAUUGGAAACAUUUUGGUUGUUUGAUGGGGUUUAUCGUAAUUGGAAACCGUUUAGUUGUUUGAAUGGAUGUUAGUCAGUAGUCACUGAAUCUGCUGUGGCAUUACAUGGUUUCAGUUUAUGCAUAUCAAUUAUCAAGGAUCCAACCUUAUUUUGGUGGUGAGCGUAAUUUUUGUGCCCUCAGUUGUGCACUACUGCUCCCACUUGUCUCUUACUUUUGUGAACCUUAUCAGCAUGUUCAACAAAUAUUGGACUUAUUAGCAUGUUCAACCCAAUUUUCCCUUUUCAAUGUUUUGUUGUUAUUAUCAUUGUUAUUAUUGGACUUAUUGAGUCUUUGUUAUUAAUAA